AUGGCACAGCACUCUGCGUGUGUUGUGCAUCUCCAGCGUAACGUCCAAGCGAUCUUCAAGAAGAAGCAUCUCAGCUAUUUGGUGUCUCAAGCUGCGAGAGCUUACAUACCUUCCCAAUUCUAUGAACUAUUUGACCAAAUUCGAGCUGUGGACUCAGGUUGUGCUGACUAUUUGACAGCUAUUGGAUUCGAACAUUGGACAAGGGCUCACUUCAACGGUCUCCGGUACAACAUCAUGACCAGCAAUGUAGCUGAAUCCCUCAACAAUGUGCUCGCAGCUGCACGGGAUUACCCAAUUGUGCCAUUGAUCGAGUACAUUAGGGCAACUAUGAUGGGUUGGUUUAACACUCGUCGUACCCUUGCUUCGGAGACAAGUAACACGCUAACCCCAAAGGUAGAGGAGAUCCUAGCUACUAACUUUGAACUGUCAACAGAGUUUUUGUUCCGUCGGAUAAAUCAAGAUGAAUUCGAGGUCCGGAACAAAGAGGGUGUUCCUUUCUUGGUUAACCUGGAGACGCAGGCAUGCAGCUGUCAUGAAUUCCAGAUGUUGCGGAUCCCUUGCUGCCAUGCUAUAGUCGCAGCGUUGAGAUCUGAGACAAGGGUUGACUCAUUGGUUGGAAUUGAAUACACCACAGCUUUUUGGAACAAGGCAUACGAGUGCAGCAUCUACCACGGUGGAUUACCGAGGCGUUUAAACAUCUGUGGUCGAUGUGGUAGCUUCGGCCAUAACCGCGCCUCUUGUAAGAUGCCGAUAUAG